CAUUUUUCAAUAUGGCGGAUUGGGCACAGCCGGCACAGCCAUGUAUUGUAGAUCGAAAUUUUCUGUGAGAGUUCAAAGAUUCUUUAAGAACUUUAAUUCGAGUGCUUUUUAUCAUAAUGCGAUGGAACUUAAAGAGGUUGUAACAAAGUUAAAUAUCUUCGCACCCUUACAACUGGCAGAGAAAUGGGACAACGUGGGGUUGCUGGUCGAGCCUUCCCCUCCACAUUCUGUCAAAUCUAUUCUUCUCACCAACGACCUUACCGAAAGAGUGGCUCAAGAGGCAGUCGAUAAAAAAGUCAGCAUGGUGAUAUCUUAUCAUCCACCUAUUUUUGUCCCUUUGAAACGCCUCACAUCUAAGACCUUUAAGGAGAGAAUCAUCAUAAAAAUGAUCGAGAACAGGAUUGCUUUGUUUUCUCCACACACAGCAUUUGAUGCUGUGAAGAAUGGCGUGAACGACUGGCUCGCAGCAGGCCUUGGAAGUGCGCAAGUAGAUCCACUAGAACAUUCAAAAGACCAGAGCUCAGGUGUGAAAUUAGAGGCAAGGAUGUUGACCAAUCAGGUGCCUGAUCAGAUAACUAGUGUGCAAGACAAACUCAAAGACCUUCAAGGUGUUGAGAGAAUUGAAGUUGAAACUUUGAUGAGGUUAGUCAAAGUAGGGUAAUGUGCAGGUGGGAGUUACUCCCUUGAAUUUCCCAUGGGAGUGUCCUGCUGGUUUUCUAUUGCUGGUUUGCAUAUGAUGUCACAGCGGCCAUGUUGAUGGUCAAGAACAAAAGUAUUCCUCUCGUCUGGGAACAAAACUCUACUUUUAUGUACAUCAUUCAAGAAAAAAUCUAUUGUGUUGACCCUCAACAUGGCCGCCUUCAGUUGUCUCGUGGCUGCAAACCAAGAAUACGCGGCAAAAUGCCCUAAUAUUUUCCAACGAUCUUUGAGCACUUCAAAAGUUAUUUCAAAGCUGACAAUUUUAGCAUGUUGUGAUACAGUUACAAUCCUCCAAGUUAAAAUUUUUGUUCAGUGGCCAUUUAGUGAUCAGCUCUUUGGGUUUAGUCACCAGGGAAAAUUUUUAGGUGCCAAAUUAUAUUAAUAAACUAAUAUUUCAAAAUUGUCAUUAACAAAAGCAGUUAGCAAGUUUAACUUAAAAUGCAGCACUGUCUAUAAAUUACUCACUUAUUGUGCAAGACAUUUUUUACCGAUAGUCUGAGGAUAAGGUUUGCAGAUUCAUCUCCUUGAAUCAAUACUGAAACAGAAUUGUAAAGACAAUUGCCAUUUCCAGUAGUCUUUAGGGCCUUCAAUCCUUCUGUAUAAUCCUCAGUUGGUAUAUAAGAGCAGAACUUAACUCAUCCUCUGUUAAAUGUAAUGUGUUCAAGAUUUCCCAGUCAUAACUUGAAAGGGGACCUAUUUUUUUUCUGAUAUUUGUUUUGCAUUUCUUUUGAGAAUUUUGUUGAUGAUGGACUUGUGUCCCCAACUAACAAAUAUUUUUGGAGAUUUAAAAGGUUGUUUUUAAUAUCGCUAGACAUUGCGAAAGCCUGAUAAAGGCAGGAGAGUAUAGGAAGAUCAACAAGUCUUAUAAAUCAAAUCAUUGCUUUAUACAGAUAACAUUGUGUAGUUGAAAACGAGUUGUGCUGGGAAAAAAUGUAUUUUCCAGUCCAUUGAAAGGAACCCAAACAAAAAUGCCGCUUAUGAAAAUAUAAUAUAUUUUCUUUUUCCUUUAUCAUUGCUACGGGUGUUUAACAAAUAAAAAUUUUGUAACAACCAGAAGCUGUCAGUUUUGCGAUUUUUAGUUCCGCUUACAAUUAUCGCUUUUGUUUAAAACACUGCAAUUCAACUCACAGCACGGUUCUCAUGUUACGGUUAUUACACAAUGUUCUGUGUUGACUUUGCAGCAAUUUAGCUUUCCCUCUUCAUGUUAGUAGAUUGUUUAUUGAUUCACAAAGUCUUUAUAAUAUGUAGUCCAGUCAGAAAAACACCAAACUUGGCGAGACAAGCAUUCCUAAAAUAUCAAAGAAAUCGACACUGUCAACAAGCAAGGCGCUUCGAUUGCGUGCUAUUUGUCACGUUUCAAAAGUUAAAAUGUCACGUGCAAGGCAACAGACUCAGUGGAGGCGAACAAAUGCAGGUCAAGUUUCAUUGAUGUUCAUUUCAAAACGCUUAUCUCUGAGGCUUUUUUAAAUUCUCAAUUUAGCAUGUUUUUCAAUGGAAAAGUAAAAAAAUAAUAGAAAUCAAAUCAGCUAGAAUAAUGUUCUUCAUAUUUCAGUAGAAGUGAUAACCAUCUCAGUUUCUAUACACCAAAACACAAACCUAUUUCUUCACGGUCGCCAACUUGGUGACUAUUCUCCAAAUCAAGUCGCCAGUUCCAAAAUUUUAGGCGCCAUGGCAACUAAAAUGGUCGCAACUUGGAGGGUUGAGUUACGACACAAAGUCAACAUUAAGCCUCUUUUUGGAGUAUUUUUGGGGAAAUUGAAUUGCAAAAGUUAUGUCUUUUAAAAAUCUGCAAAGAUCUUCUUUCCAUUUAAAUAUCUUAUCAUUACUUCUAUAGACCACAAGGACUGACUGAACAACAACUAUCUUUGCACUGUUCUGAGAGUGGGCUUGUUGACACCCUUCAGACACUGACAUCUUUGCUCCCUGAAGCUCUUGGAAACGUAGAGGUUGUUCCUCUUGCACAGGUGAAAAAUAUUAUGAUUUUUGUAGUUUUAAAAACAACAAAUGGAGUUAAGAUCCUUGAAGUUAUGAUCAUUAUCACGUCACUAAGAUUUCAAGUUGCCGGGUAAAUGCAUCAAGUAGGCGGGGAAUCAAACAGCUAGGGAUUUCUUUUGGUUCUAUUUUUCUUCUAUUUUCCUUUGAAAGUAGCUGGGGGAAAAUACAGCCCUGAUUAUAGUCUUCCCACCAAUAUUAACUUUAUAGAUUAAGUUUAUGUAAUAGGUGAAACAUCUCCUCACCAUGGGUAAAUAUGACAACAUCUAAGUGCCAGGUUGCAAUGUUAAUUAUUAUUAAUUGCAAUAAUUUUAUUAUUCAUUUAAUGGAUAUGACACCAAACUUUAAACCUCCACUGUCCCAAUGUAUUCCACACUGGUCCAAUAUAUUUUCACUGGCCCAAUAUAUUCCCAUUGGCCCAAUAUAUUCCCUGGCCAUCUGAGUUGUAAACCUUACCAACCGGCAUUUCAUAAAUUCACUAGAGCAUCAAAAUCUCCUCUCUCUAGAUUCCAAUACUGGGUACUGGCCAAGGUCGCCUUUGCACCCUGCAUUCACCAGUUACUCUCUCAGAGUUAGUCAGCCGUAUCAAAAACCACCUUUAUCUCAAACAAAUCCGCUUAGCUGCUGCCCAUAGUAGCACAUCAGAAGACCCACUCCAAAGUUCCGUCCAAACUAUUGCUCUGUGCGCAGGUUCAGGAGCAAGCGUACUGCGUGGGAAACAAGCUGAUGUAUACCUUACAGGUGAAAUGUCACAUCAUGACAUCUUAGAUGCAGUGUCACGUGGUGUGCAUGUGAUCUUAUGUGAACACAGCAAUACAGAGCGUGGUUUUCUUACAGAAUUUAGAGGCAAAUUGGUUGAAUUGUUAGAGGGAAAGGUUGAUGUCAUGGUUUCCUCAAACGAUGCUGAUCCUCUGCAAAUUUUAUAGAAAAUUAUCUCUUGUAUUGAGUUAGAGCUUGAGGUACAAUCUACCCGAACCAAGUUUCCUUCAAAUGACUUCAAGAACCACAGGGAAGUGCUUUGAAGAAGUUGCUUUAAAUUUCCAAUUUUUGUCAGAAAACAUGUCACUGGCGUAUGGUACUACAGUCUACUAUACCUAAUCCGUUUGAAAUAUGUAUUACAAAGUGGGAGUCAUUGCUAGUGAAAAAACCUACUCCAUCUGGAGCAAUCUGAGUCCAGUUUGAUUAUUUUAAAACACUUGACCUACUCACAGAGCAACACAGAGAUACAUGUAAUCACUUCAUUUUCUAUAGUUACUGUAUUAAAAGAAUGAACGGAACCCUUCUUAUAUGAAGGCUAACUUAACAACUAACUUAUUGUCCAGCC